AUGAUAUUCACAACAUUCCCCAAUCCAAGCGCUAGUAUUUAUGGUGUACUCUUAGAUCAGAUUAUCUGCGCUUCACUGGUAAUGAUGGCAGUGUUGACAGUAAUGGAUGACACAAAUCUUCAAAUACCUAAAUAUUUAAUACCAGUCCUCAUAAGUAUAAUCAUAUGCGGAGUCAUUGUCUCAUUUGGUUUCAAUUGUGGCGCUGCUCUAAACCCUGCGCGUGACCUGUCGGCCCGCGUUUUCCUAUUACUUGUCGGUUAUGGCGAUGAUGUCUUCCUGCCCCUCAAUGGCCUGUAUUGGCUCAUUGGGGGCAUUAUUGGACCCCAUUUGGGUGCACUCGUCGGAUCUGUCAUCUACCUAAUGCUCAUUGACAUACAGCACAAAACUUGUGAACACAUUGUACUCCUUAAAUGA